AGCUGAAGUCUCGCGCUCAUGGGCACGGCGCUUCCGGGGGGGGCGGGCGCACUUCCGGGGUCGUGCCCGCUGGCUUGUGGAGGCUGUGGGUGUGUUGGGGAAUGCGGUCGGUGCCAUGUUCCUGACGGCUCUGCUCCUCCGCAAUCGCAUCCCCGGCAGGCAGUGGAUCGGGAAGCACCGGCGGCCGCGGGCCGUGUCCUUCCAAGCGAAGCAGAACAUGAUCCGCCGGCUGGAGAUCGAGGCAGAGAACCAGUACUGGCUGAGCACGCCCUACCUGUCGGCGGAGCAGGAGUACGGCCACGCGGCGGGGCGCAGGGCGGCGGCCUUCGAGGCCAUCAAGGCGGCCAAAAUGGCCAAGUUCCCCCCGCACAGGUUCGUGGCGGACCAGCUCGACCAUCUCAACGUCACCAAGAAGUGGGUCUGAUCCGGAGCCACGGACUCACAGGGCGGCCACCCACCUCCUGACCCGAUUCUGGAACCUCUGAAGAGCGCUCACUUGAGAGCUUUUGGAGCAGGCUUAGUGAACAGCGGACAUGAGUGUGUGGUCUGCAUGUGGGGUGCAUGGGGCUCCAAACUCUAUAACCCAGCCUCUGGCGUAGUGUUUCCUUCCCAUUACCCUAACAGGAAGAUACAGGUAUUUCCUAGGCCACAGAAGAUACAAAGUGUAUUUUGGAUGAAAGUUUCAAAAAAAACCCUACAAACUGUGCUUAAGUAUGAGGUACUUGGUGGAGGCUUACCUUUCCUUAAAAAACAAUUGCCUAGACGAAAGUGGGAAAAAAUGAGCUUUUUCAGUUAAACAUACUCCUAAAAAUAGGAUUUUCUUUUGGGAUUGCUACUAAAAGUAGACAUUUACGUGAAGUGAAAGAUAUUCAUCAGAACUGCUACAUGAAGUUGUAUUUUUGAAAACCUCUUUUUGGGGUACCUGGGUGGCCCAGUCGGUUAAGCCCUGAUGACUUGGUGUCCCCUGAGAUCCAGCCCGACCUAGGGCUCCCUGCUGGGGGCAGAGAGGGUCUGCUUAAGAUUCUCUCUCCCUCUGCCCCUCCUGCCACCUCAAACAAAUCUUUAAAAAUAAAAAAAUAAAAAAAGUUUUUAAAAAUACCUUUCUGGAAUGUAAUUAAUGAACCUUAUAGUCUACCCCAAAGAUGUUUGUUCUUUCAAAUUACCUUUUUCAGUCAGGCACUUUACAGCUUUUACCAAAAAUAGUAAUCCUAUCACCUGGGGCUAUUUUACAUGUGAGGAAAUACUUAAGAAACUUGUCAAAAAUCAUCCCCAAUAACGAGUGUGUCUUGGAUUUCAAUUUCUGUAUAAUCUAGAAAUUGUAACUACUAUGUAUACAUUAAGCAGAACAUUUUUCAAAACACAUAGAAGAAAAAUAAUUCAAUCCCAUUACCCCGAGAUAAAAUAAUUGUCUUUCAUACAUUU